CAGCUGUCCCUGGCGCGGGUGGGCGCAGGGUUGCCCGGGGGUGCGUGAUGCGCGUUCGCGGUAAUAAAGUGUGAGGCGGUUCUGAAACGUGACGAGGCGGCGGCUGUGUCCCGCGCUCCGGUCUGACGAGAGGUCCUGUCUGACAGUCCCUUGUCCAUGAGAACGGCAGGAACCGGCCGUCGCCGCUUCGACGACUCGUCAGUGCCCGGAGCUCCGAAAUACUCCCCGUGGGAGCGAGGGUAACUAAGCACAGAUGUCUCCACAGGCCUCCAUAGCCCGGCACGCUGAGCCAGGCCUCCCUGCCCCUCCUCUGCCCUUUCUGUCAGUGAAAGGAGGUCUGGCUGCUCUAAUUAAUGGGUAAAUUGAGAAAUACGCGCUGAAGAAGUAGUCAUGUGGCCCCACUGACACACACGGGUUCCUGCUGGAAUUUGCAGGCAUGUGCGGGCAUAAUCCGUAUCCAGGUCCCCAACAGCUUCUCAAGGCUUAUAAUCAGGACACUAAUACCAAUAGAGAGGGUCAUACUGCAGGUGAGGUGUAACUAGAGGAAGGAGACAGCGUGUGAUCAGAGAUAAGCAGAGAAGACAGGAAAACUGGAAGAAAACUGAAGAAGGAAGGCUGAGACAGAGGAAGAAGUUAGUGACCAGACAGCUUGCCAGAAACAAGUCUCUGAUCCCUUACUGAGAGCUGAAGAACAAUGGCUUCCUUCAGCAACCUGACUAUAGUCAUUGCUCUGACCAGUUUUACUGUAUUCCAACUCCUGUUCCACGUUUUAAGUUCUUGGGUGUCAACACGAAUAACACCUGGUUUUAGCAAUCUCAGCCAAAAAAGGAAGAUCGAAUGGAAUUCAAGGACAGUGUCCACAUUCCAUGCCUUGGUGGUUGGUGGGUUUUGCCUAUAUAUUUUGUUGUACGAUGACGCUGUUAACGCUGACCGUAUCUGGGGUGACCCUUCAAUUGUGAAACUGAAUAUUGCUAUUACUACAGGCUACCUCAUUUCUGACUUAUUGCUUAUUAUUUACUACUGGAAGGCAAUUGGUGACAUAUUUUUUGUAAUACAUCACUUGGCAGCUCUGUACGCUUACUAUUUUGUACUGAGCAAAGGUCUGCUGGCUUAUUUUGGAAACUUCCGUCUACUUGCAGAGUUCUCCACUCCUUUUGUCAAUCAGCGGUGGUUUUUUGAAGUACUAGGAUAUCCCAAAUCUUCAAAGGCCAACAUUAUCAACGGUGUGCUGAUGACAGUUGUGUUCUUCGUGGUGAGGAUCGCCGUCAUGCCUGUAUACUACAGCCAUGUAAUUGCUUCAUUUGGAACAGAAGCUUUCCAGAGAUUAGGAUUUGCAGCCCAGAGCGCCUGGAUUAUCUCAAGUGUUGUCUUGGAUGUUAUGAAUGUGAUGUGGAUGGUCAAAAUUGCAAAAGGAUGCUACAAAGUCAUAUGUCUUAUUGGACAGGAGGAAGCCAAAACUCAUAGAAAUGGAAAAUCUGACUAGAAAGCAUACGCAUAAAAUGAGAUUUCUGCUAUGAAAAUAAUUUGGUUUCACUGAAACAGUGCACAUUUCUGCCAUGGAAUGCUCCUCUUACGGAAACAAGGUAUUACCUCUGUACUGACCUUACUCUUUCCCUAGCCACACUGCCUGCACACCCAGGGCCACGCUUUAUGGAUCCUGUCUGGUGAGGAAUAAAAGCAAAAGCUCACACAAAUGAGUUCCACGUCUCUGUUCUAAGCAGUUACAAACUACUGAAAUUAGAAAGGAGCAGACUGGUUACUUGCUUGUUGUCCGCCAGUGUGUUUGAAGUGUUUCACUCAGGUUUCUCAGAUUAAUGUGUUUUAUAAACCCAGUGAAUACUGACAUGUCUCUUUUUUUAGAAGACAAAAAAACCUCCCCAAACUCCUCAUAUGGUGCAAUUUUCCUGGCACGUUUCUAUGUUUCCUUCUAGGAAUAACAAUCAAGAUUUCAUUCUUGACAACUUUUUAAUUUUUGAAAGAAAAUCUGAAAAAUUAGCUUUGAUUCUGUGGAGUCUUUUACUGCUUUUUGUUCUGCCUUAUAUGAAUGCAAACCAUUUUGGGAAAUUUAUGAAAUAAUUUUAUCUAAAAUGCUGUAUUAUAAGACUAUAUAAUAUCUUAAAAAUUGUUAAAAUUACCUGAUUCUGAUGGGAAGGAUUAAUUUUUGCUGUGUUAGAUUACAUGCAAUAGUACAUCUUCUAAAUUGCCCGUGGAAUUUUUUUUUUGUAAGUUCGCAUGGUAAAUGAUGUGUGGAAACAGCAUAAUUCUUACUGGAGUGCUUUUUCCUUUGCUGCUACUACCUUUGAGAAGUGCUGCAACUCUCCUCAGAGUAUUUUUAACCAUUGCCUAUCUGAAUGCGAAGUUUAAAUGUAAAGAGAUAAAAUUCUUCUGUAUAUAUGAGGUCUAAUUUAAUAGUUUUUUUCCUUUUAACACAGAAAUGACCCAUUUGAUAUGAAGUGUUGAGGUUUUUCUACUCAUUUUCCUUCCUAGUCACCAGAAAUCUGAGGUAUUGACUAAAACCAUUCUUGAAUUAACUGUGCCAAACUUCUGUAAAGCUGUACGGUAAUUCUGUAGAAUGACAGUUCACUUCUGUAGGCACAACUUUUAAUUUUUUUUAAACCACAUAUUUGUCAUUAGGUACUCUGUUCCUUCUUCUGCAAACCAUAAAGAUUUGGAGGGCAUCAGAAAGGGCAUCUAGGAAUAAUCUAGAAUCUAAUUUAUAAUACAAUUCAGGAAAUUCCUGUUUGUUGGUUUGUUUUUUUUCUUUAAAUGGUUUUCAGAGCUGUAUUUGUGUGUAGUUUGGUUUUGUUUUGCUUACUUUAAACCAUACCUGAAUUAAGACUGAUUAACUUCUGUUUUUUCCCUUGGAGGGGUGUGUGUGGGUUUUUUGGGGUUGUUUUUUGUGUUUGUUUUUGACAUUGCUUGUUACUUGUUAUACCUUCUGGUAAGGUGUGCUAGAAGUAUCCACUUUCACUCAGUAUUUUAGUGCACAGCUCGAUUAUUGUGCAAAGCAGACAGUUUGGGCAAUUUAUUUUUAAACAAAAAGAUAAAAUAUUGACCCUGUGAAGGAUGAUAGGUUUUCCUCUUGUCCUGUUCCCUCUAACAAAGCUGGGUGACACGGACCCUGCCCUCGGUGGUCGGAGGUGAGUGCCCCAGUGCUGUGCUCCCGGCUGCGGGAUGCAGCGUUCCUGUCUCCCAGGAAUUGGAGCUGUAGGACCCCAGGAGGGCUGCCCGGGCUGAAACACCCUAUAGCCAAGGUGGCUGCGAUGAGCUUAGUUCCCUGGCUGAGAUGAUGUCAGGGAGUAUUGUCUGGGGGAGCGUAACACACACUUUUAUAAACCUAGUUCCACUCUUUGGCUGGGCAGGCUUUUUUCCAAAUUUUUUUUUUUUCCCAAUCCUGCCUUGUUAAGGGAGAUAUCAAGGACUGUUAAUACUUUGGGUUUUGCUUAUUAAUACUUCAGAAGCCUGCGGACAAAAGAUCUCUUUAUGCCUUGGGGAAGUUAGCAAUUAAUCUAUUUAGCUGGAAGAUUUGAGUGAGCACAGCACCUUACUUGGGUACCAGUAAAUCCACAGUCUUUAAGAGUUGAUCCUGUGACCUGCUUUGCUGAAACAGACUCCCUUUUAUACUAAUUUGCAGAACCUGUAUCUUUUAAAAUAGUGAUUUCAUUGUGUCUAACACAAAAUCUAGGCUACGUACAAAGGCUCUAUGUUUCUAUCACCUUUAUGGUUUAAAGGUGUACAUGAAAUACUUUCUUCUUUUGCUUUUUAAGUCACUAGACCAGGGAAUCAUUUUGUAAUACCUUGUUCCUUUCCAAAAUAAGUUUUAAAUAGAGUAAAUUCAAACAUUUCAGAGAGUAUGUUUGAAAGUAGGAGUCUGCUUAUGUUAUUUGGGAAGUAGGAUGAAAAAAAAAUUGAUAAGGAAGAUUACUUGGAGCAACUCUUAAGGUCAUAACUCAUGAAAACUUUUUGAAAUUCAUCCCUUCUUAACAUGCAUCUUUAAUAUUUUGGUAUUUUAAAUAUUUUGCUUUCAUUGGAGAACAUUGAUUAAAAUGGUCCAUUUCCUUCAGUUCUAGAUAGAUUUCUGUCUGAUGCUGGAAAAAAAAAGUCAAGCUAUAAUAAAUCAUGUUAAAACUAGAUUGAAAGCGAAAAAAAAAAGCAAAAAAAACAAACCCAAAGCCCUGCAUAAUACACUUUUGGCACCAAUCCAGAAUGGAAAGGCAGUGGGAUAAUUAUUUUAAAACAUGUAAUAUUUUGGAUUGCUGUACAAAAUUAGUGGAGUUGAAACAAUAUUUUGCAAUGCACUAGGUUUAAAAUGUCUGAUUUUUUUUUUUUUUAAUGUAUUAAAGUUAUGUCCUGAUGCAUCUACUAUGUGUCAGAAGACAACUUUCUAAUGAAAAAAACUAUUAACACUUGUGUAUUUGGCAAGGACUGUAGUAAACAGGCUGCAAAGUUGUGAUGUACUGAAUACAUUAGUAUAGGUCACUUUUGACCUGCCAUUCAAAGCUUAUAAUACAGCAAAUUAGAUAGCUGUGGCACCCAUUUUUCAAUUGCACUUUAUUAAUUUAAAAAUUGUGGUGAAAUAUUGAUGAAAUUUAAUGUUGCAAGCUUGUGUCUUUUGCUUUUUUAUGCGAAAAAUUAAAUGCAUGAUCAGUAGCAUCAUAAUAAAUGCUACCUUUAGAAUGUAAUAAUAUCUUAUUAGUGGCUUAAAACUUCUGUUUUUAACAGAUGCAUUGUCUAGUGUCAAAGCAGACUCUUGGUAUGUCACCAGGUGUCUCUGCCGUGGACAUAACAAGUGGAAGGAGAUAACCUUGUAAAAAAUGCUCAGAUAUCUUUUUUUUCUUUCUUUUACAUUCUUCAGUACCAGGGGACAUAAAAUUAGCACAAUGAGUGUGGAAGAGUCUAUUUGUACUAUGUAAGGCUGUAUGUAGGAAUGUAAAUUUCUUUUUCUUAUGCCUUUACUUUUUCAUCAAAAGAUGAGUAAAUACCACUUUCAGAACAGCUACAAGGGAAUGGUAGGUUAAGUUUUGCUUUUAUAAUUGAUUUGUGGAUACAGUAUUUGCAGAGAGGAAGUGUACUUCAAAUACUCAUUUUCUCAUUGAGUGUUCCAGUGGAUUUCAACGAAGUCGAGAGCCUUACGCUACAGAGAUGCUUUGUGGGUUAUCUGUGCGCGUUCUUCACUGGUGAGAAUGACAUCUCUGAAACCUACUCUACCUCUAUAAAUACAUGCUAUCUUGAGUGAGCUCAAUAAUUUAAUAACUUAAUUGCUUAAAAAAUAGAAGCUAUUGAAUACUGAAAAAUAUCCUAUGCACAGGAAAAUUAGGGGAGCUGAAUUUAUAUAUAAAUUCUUAACAAUUCCAAAUUUUAUAUUAGAAUUUAUUAAAUAAAUUAAUUACAGUGUCUGGAAGAGAAUUGCUUCCAUCUUUUCUUGGAAAAUUAUGGGAGAAGAUUACUCAUACUGCAGAACUAACAUUAACCUAAGAGUAAAAGCUUAAACAAGUGAGCAAAUGCGUUCAAGCAGGUUUAAAGAGGGAGAGGUGGAGGAGAAUUUGAGAACACAAGUAUAGAGAUCCAGAUGUCUUCCUAUUGCUGUGGUUGGGACAACAGCAGACCGAUACAUAGCAGAAAGGUUUAGGUAUUUCAAUAUCUCUGUUUACAGUGGAAAAUGAAAACUUACUCUUUAAAAUUUUCUGUCUGUAUAAAAUGGGUUAUCAGUUGUUGAUUGCUGUAGGAAAAGGACUUUUUCUUACGGGCUUGUGUGUGUUUAAGUAUACGUACGCACAAGCUUUCCAUAAAAGAUCAUUUAAUAGAGAAGUUUGUGAAAUUGUUUUGUGAUGCUUCUGCUGAGCCGUUCUGAGGAAAAUAAAGGGCUGCUUGACAAUUACUCCAGCUUAGGAUCUGGUGCAGUGUUGGCUGCUGGUGAAAUCCAUCAAUAAAGCAAAUAGAAAGGGACUAGAACCUUAAGAUGAAAAAAUGCAAGCGUAGAAAACUUUGUAAAGUAUGGGCAGCCCUCUUUCAUAUUUUUAAUAGUCUACUGUACAGCAUCAUUAUCUGGCUACAAGGAACUUCACGAUGAAGGAUUUGUUCCUGGUGAAGUUUCUCUGUCUAUGGAAUAUAUUUGACAGCUGGUAAAAGAACAGUGCUUCAUUGCUGAGAUCUACAGCAGUUAAAUGGAAAUAGUGAUCAAUAUUUAUGAACUUUAACAUUCAUCCAAACCCAGGUAAAAUCUCUUUGUUGGACAAGUGAAGGUCUUAGGAUUUUCUGAAAGCUCUUUCUAUGGUAGAGGGGAUGAAAGAUGUGCUGCUUGGGAUGUUUAGAGAUCUGGGAUUAAGCAUCAAAUCAUACUUUUAGGUGGUAACACUUGAUAUGGUUUCUUAUCCAUUACAAAUCUCUACUAGCUACCUCUGUUGACAUUCUUGCUCUAUUUAUAAUAACCAAGCACUUUAUAGCUCAAUAAAGAAUGGAAGGUAGCUAUGAAGAAUAAAUUGUAUCGUUCGGUAUAAGAAAUAUUUUGGCAAAAUUUCUUCUGAUAUCAGUUUCAUUGUGUGAUGUCCUGCACUAAGAGGGCAUCUGAUUAUAACAAUGUAUAUAAAUUUUUAACCUAGUUGUAAUGUAAAGGAAAUGUCUUUAAGAGAGUGAAUUAUGAAGAGUUCAGCAUGGCUUGGUAUCAACCAUAUAAUGAUUCAGUGUGCUAUUUAUAACUCCCUACUUACUGAAAUUGAAAAUAUAAAAGCAAAUAAAAUAUUCUGUAGUGUAUCUUUAUUUUUAACCUAUGUGUGGGAUGUCAAACAUUGUACUUGUCUUGUGGACAGGACAUGCUUUUAUGAGCCUAUAAAUAUUUAAGUAUAUAAGAAUCUGCACCCAAGUGGAACAUGUUGCAUGUAAAUUGUCUUCUAAGUUUUUAAAUUUUGAUAUUUUUAAAAAUUUGCUAAGUUUGAAAGCAACAUUUAAUUAAUAAUAUUAAGCUGUGAUACAGAACAUAACACGUUGAAUGCAAUGCAGGUUAUAUUGUUUUUGUUUAUUGUAACCCUAUUCCAGUUUCACAAGAGAAAUCCAUCAUAUGAUUGGGGGAAAGGAGGAAAAGGGCUAAUCAUGAGCUCAGCUAUAUAAUUUGCACACUUAAUAUGCACACAUCCAAAUAUCCUGGAUUUGUUUCUAGCAUGCAUAUACCAAACAGUGUUUUCUUUAAUAUCAACAGAUACUUAUAUAUAUGUAGAAUAAUUUAACACGUAAGCACAGCUAACCUGAUAUAAAACCAAAUUACAAAAAUAUUGGGAACAAAUGAGUUACAAGUUAGGUGUAAUGGAGCCUGAAAUUCAAAAUUGUUUAUAUAAUCUUCUGUCUACGAAGGAACUUGAUAAAUAUAUCUAACUUAUGUGCAGAGCAAGGACAAAACCUGUAAAUUCUGCUAGACUGAUUUCUGGUAAAUCUUGACAAUCUGGUUUGCAGUAAAUACUAAUACUGUCACAAAAUGUCAGGAUCACAUUAUGAAAUUCAAAUAGUAAUGUGGCCUGAUUGUAGUAGCAAUCUUUAUCACGGCACAAGAACUUAAAAAUGCAAUAUAACAAUUCUGCAGAUUGGUGAUAAAAGUCAUCAGUCAUAGUAAAGGUGAGUGAUUAAGUAUUAUGGGUUUAAAUUUACUUUUCAUUAUUAAAAAGAAUCUGAAUUAUUUGUUUGCAUUUCAGUGAUAUUGUAAAGCAUUUAAGGCAUUUCUAUCUUUUGUUUGAACAGUUUAGGAGCUUGCAUAAAAUGAUACUGGCUGAUUUUUUUUUUUUUCCCCUUUGAUAUAUGCAAUAAUGUCAAUAAGCAAUAAAUUGCAUGUUGUAUGCAAGGUAUUGGUACUUCAUAAUAAAGGAAAGGAACACAG